AUGAACACGCACGCGCAAACGCUCAACACUAACGCUCUGAAGAGGAGCGAAAAACGUGUUUUUCUUAAGAGCAGCAACAGCAACAGGAGAAGAAGCAGCAGAGGAGCAGCAUUAGCAGCGGCGAGUAACAAAAAUUACAAGCUGACUUUACUCCCGGGCGAUGGCAUCGGGCCGGAAAUCAUGAAAGUCGCCGUGGACGUUCUGAACGAAGUCGGGCGCAAACACGAGAUUACAUUUACGUACGAGGAGAAACUCGUCGGUGGAGCCGCGAUUGAUGCGUUCGGGACGCCGUUGCCGGAAGAUACCUUGGAGUGUUGCAAGCAAUCCGAUGCGGUGUUGUUGGCGGCUAUCGGCGGGUACAAGUGGGAUACGCUCGAGGCGAACAUGCGACCAGAACGAGGUUUGCUCGGGUUGAGAGCCGGGAUGGAGGUUUUUGCAAACUUGAGACCGGCGGUGGUAUUACCUCAGUUAGCGGACGCGUCUUCGUUGAAGAAAGAUAUCGUGUCUGGAACGGAUAUUAUGGUCGUGAGAGAGUUGACGGGAGGGAUUUACUUCGGCGAGCCGAAAGGAUUCGGGACCAACGCCAAAGGCGAGAGAAUCGGGUUUAACACCAUGGUAUAUUCCGAGUCAGAGGUGGAUAGAAUUGCGAAGGUUGCGUUUGAGAUUGCGCAGAAGAGAGGUGGGAGAUUGUGUUCGGUGGAGAAGUCGAACGUGUUGGAAGUUUCGCAAUUGUGGAAGGAACGAGUGAUUAAGCAGCACGAGAAUUAUAAAGACGUGGAGUUGUCGCACAUGUACAUCGAUAACUGCGCGAUGCAAGUGAUUCGAGACCCGAAACAGUUCGAUACGAUUGUGACUGGGAAUAUCUUUGGAGAUAUCAUUUCCGACGCGGCGAGUAUGUUGACCGGGUCCAUCGGUAUGUUACCGUCCGCGGCGGUUGGGAGUUCCGGACCGGGCUUGUACGAGCCAGUGCACGGUUCGGCUCCGGAUAUUGCUGGACAGGAUAAGGCAAACCCGUUGGCGCAAGUUUUAUCCGCCGCGAUGUUGUUGAGAUACCAAUUUGGUGAGGAAGCGGCGGCGAAAAGUAUCGAGGAAGCCGUGAACGCGACUUUAGAUCAAGGCUUUAGAACGGGCGAUAUAAUGCAAGAAGGCAUGAAAUUGGUCGGGUGCACGCAGAUGCAAGAAGCGUUGAUGAAGAACCUGAGCAAGUAA